AUGCCUCUGCUACGACCAACUGCCUUCACGAGCCGCGCCGUCCAGUCGGCCCUCGCCUCAACCCCUCGAUCCAUCGUUGCGCGCCGAGCUCUUUCCACCACACAACAACUGCGCGGCGGCGCCUCACACGACGACCACUUCGACCCUCCAGGCGGUAUCCUCUUCGGCGUCAAGCCCGGCGAGAAGUACCAGGACGAGGGCUGGGAGAAGAUUUUCUACUGGGGUUUCUUUGGCAGUUUGGCCUUUGGCGUCAUCGGCUACGCAUACAAGCCCGACACCAGGUUUGUUCUGCCGAGCUCAGUUUGCUCGAGAUGUAGUAAUAGUGCUGACUGUCACUUANCCAGUAUCCAAACAUGGGCCCUUGAGGAGGCCAGGAGAAGACUCGAGGCCGAGGGCAUCCUUGCCGACCCCGAAGACGAGUAG